CGGGGCCGGGGCCGCAGCUCCGGGCGGGCGCCAUGGAGGGGCUGCGGCGGGGCCUGUCGCGCUGGAAGCGCUACCACAUCAAGGUGCACCUGGCGGACGAGGCGCUGCUGCUGCCGCUCACCGUGCGGCCGCGGGACACGCUCAGCGACCUGCGCGCGCAGCUCGUGGGCCAGGGCGUGUGCUCCUGGAAGCGCACCUUCUACUACAACGCGCGGCGGCUGGACGACCACCAGACGGUGCGCGACGUGCGCCUGCAGGACGGCUCGGUGCUGCUGCUCGUCAGCGACCCCAGGUAGUUGGAGGACGUAGAGCAAUGACCCAGGGGACCGGAGGUGCUGGCUGAAGGAGCAGGCUGGGGUUGGGGGCACCUUCCGGAGGCACCGCCUGGGAGCCCUGACUUCACUCUGGUUCUGGGCUCCUGGGGUGUUCAGUGAAGUACUGGCCUGACCUUCUGACCAGCGGCUGCCAGCUGCCUCGGACGCGCCCGACGGAGCCCCCCAGGCCCCGGGCACUGACCCAGCAUGUUGCUGCUCCAGCCCAGUCAGCAGCGGGGAGCUCGUGUGACCCUGAGGCCCCGGCUCCCCCCUCAGGGCCUCCAGUGCCCAGUCUGCAGUGGGAACCAGCGUGCCACCUUGGAAGGCUCCCAGGUGCAGCCAGGGCAUAUGACCUGAAGAGAGGCGCAGAGGGGAGCGGAGAGGAGCUCGGGGACCUCAUCCCUCCUACCUUGUACAUUCUCUCGGCCACGCCUGUGCCCGAGCUGUGCCCCCUGCCUGAUGCACCUUCCACAGUCCUCCCUGCCACUCCAACUCACCUGGGAUUCCAACCUCCUCCAGGAAGUCUUCUUGGGAUUCCCUCCUCACCAGCCAGUGAGCACUUUGUCCUCUGUGGGGCCCCCGCGAGCCCCUUCUGUUGUGAACAGCCUUGGCUGGGGGGGGGGGUGCAGCCAAUUAUUAAUGAAAUCUCCAAUGACUACAGGUGGAGACUGGGGGGCCCCAGCCCUCCCCCAGCUCUCCAGCGUCCCAUGGUGCAUGGUCCCAGCCCCAGACAACUCCCCACUGUGCGCCUGCGCCCACUCCCUUGGCCGUGUCCUCAUCCCCUAAAUCCGGCUGCCUUGUUCCCUAUGCGGGGUCUCCUGGUUGGGUCUGAAGGGCCCUGGGUAAGUGGGCGGGGCUGGGGGAGCCUUGUCCGUGUCCCUGUCCACAGAGCCAUGGGGCACAGGCGGUGACCCUGGGGGCAUUGCAGGCAGCGUGUCAUGGGAAUUCUCGGGACGAGACCCGCCGGGUAGAACGCCAGGUCCGGGUUGGACCUCUGUCCUGUGCCGCGUGCUGUCAGGACCUCUGCACAGACCCUGGGAGGGUUGCGGGGGAGGCGCGGGGCUGGCCCACUCCCUCGAGGGCCGUGUUCACGGUCCAGGUGCUGGCGUGGUGCAGGGCAGAGGCGCGGGAGCCUGGGAAGAAAUAAUGUUUUCAUUAAGAGGCGUGUUGGCUGCAGCGUGGACAGGUGGGUAAUCAGUGGCAGCCACGGGGAGAGCCACCCUCAGCCUUUGCUGGCACAGGGAUGGCACCAGGCCCGCCCAGCUCUGCUCACCUGCCCUCUGAGCCUUGGGCUCCGACCCCCCUGAUGCUCAGUCCAAGACCAGGUACCUCGAGACCCCAAUGCCUGUUCCUUGGGGCUCUUCCUAGGGCGGGGCCUCCAAUGCCCUCUUUUGUCAUGGGUAAACUGAGGCCUCAGCUGCUUGCAGGGAACCCUUGGGGCCUGCAGAGGGGGAAGGAGCCCAGACCCCUGCUCCUGGCUGGUUUGGAUCUGUCCAUCACUUGGCCACGCACACGUGCCUGACUCAUGCCCAGGGACACCCCUGUGCACACGUGGGGGCCUGCCCCAUGGGGCCUGGCAGGAAAGUGGGCUCUUGAUGAUUACCCAGCUCCAUUCCUCAGCCCCCAGUUUGUGCCAGAGUCUGGGCCGCUUCCUUAGCCAGCUUUGACUUAACUCUAGACCAAUAACUGCCCCAUGGUGGUAGCCGGGAUUGUGGCCCAUUUUACAGAUGGGGUGUCCAAGGUCAUCUUUCUCUGGGCUGCUGCCCCAGUAGCCCCUGAACUGAGGGGUCUCAGCCCCUGCGGGGUCCCUGAUGGAAGAAGGGGAGGGUUUCCUGCUUCUUGACUGAGGGUGGGGGCAGGGGGUUGGGGGAAGCAUUUCAGACCAUUUUGACAUUUAACAAACACUAUGCAAAUCAUAUACAAAUCACCACCCGGUUCUUAAGCCUCGACAGCCCAGGCGUGUACUGAAAUAAUAUGUUGGACCUGUCCGUUGUCGUUUGCGUGGUGGAGGAGUACAGAGCUUCUCCUUCCCCUCCCCCCUUCCAUCCCCCUUCCUGCUUCCUCCCCUCCCUCCCUCCCUCCCUCCCU